UAGAAAAAAAAAUACAGUAAGAAACUGUGUCCGAUUCUGCAAAGCAGACGCGCGUGCGGACGACGCGACGCCACCCGCCGACCACCGCCGCACCGCCGAGCGAAGAAGAAGAAGCGAGGCGGCGAGGGCGAGGCAUCCACCCCCGCCCCGAUCGAUCAGGCCGCCGUCGCGCCCUCCUCCGCCCGAUGCAGGACCAGGCCGGGGCCGCCUCCGGCUCCGGGGAUCCGGACCCUCCGCCGCCGGAGCACGCCGGCGGCGAGGGCGGCUCCUCCUCCGCCGCCAGGCUCCCCUCCCGCAACGCCUCCUCCAAGUACGACUUCGUCAAGGUCAAGGUCUGGCUCGGGGAGAACGCGGACCACUACUACGUCCUCUCCAGGUUCCUCCUCAGCAGGAUGCUCACCGUCACCAAGAUUCCGAACCACGUCGCCAUUAAGAUUGCCCUUGAGCUCAAGAAGCUGCUCGUCGACAACAGCCUUCUUGAUGUUUCACAGAGUGACUUAGAGGCCAACCUUUUCAAGCUAAUGGAGAAAAGGGGAUAUGGAGAGGACUACAUUAAUCGGUAUAAGAUGAUGACAAGAUUCCAUCAUCAAAGAGUACCACUAGUAAUUUUGGUGUGUGGAACUGCUUGCACUGGAAAAUCAACAAUUGCUACACAGCUAGCUCAAAGGCUCAACCUACCAAAUGUUUUACAGACAGACAUGGUUUAUGAGUUGUUGAGGACAUCAACAGAUGCCCCGCUAACUUCAGUACCUGUCUGGGCUCGGGAUUUUAAUUCACCUGAAGAACUUAUCACUGAAUUUUGCAGAGAAUGCAGAGUUGUUCGCAAAGGUUUGGCUGGUGAUUUGAAGAAAGCAAUGAAAGAUGGGAAGCCAAUUAUAAUAGAGGGAAUUCAUUUGGAUCCAAGCAUUUACCUGAUGGAUGAGGAGAAUGCAGAUGACAAUUCCAGAAUAGAGAAAAAGGUUGAAUCUGGAAAUUCAUCCAUCUCUUCAGAAAAGAAAACUGAACAGCAACCAGAAAAUGGUCUACCUGAGAACAUUCUAAAGGAAGAUACCUUACAAAGCCAGGACUGCCUGCCUGAGAGUAGGACCAGUGAAGGGCUGUCUGGUGCUGACAGCCAUGAGAUUACCUCUUCUGAUUCUGAAGAGAAAAUUUUCAAAGCUGAAGGCAAUGGACAAAAGGAUUUGGACCAACAGAAGAACAACAGUGCCAAGAAGGACAAACCUGCUGCUGAACCGAUAGUUGUUCCAAUUGUGUUGAGGAUGUCUGAUUUUGAUCACAAGGCAUUGUUAGAGGAAUGGAUAGCCACUAGAGCUAUCAGAGAUAAUUGCCUUCCUCAGGAUCAUCGAAAGCUUAUAAACAACCUCAAACUUAUUCAGGAUUAUCUUUGCUCUUUUGAGGCACAGGGAUUAACUGUUGUUGACAUCUCAGCAAACUCUUUUCCUCAAACGUUAGAUUGGCUUCAUGGCUAUCUUCUUCAGUGCAUUGAGCGCGGCCUUCUGGCUGCAUGUUCAGAAGGCCCCAAGCAAUAGGAAAACCAAUUAACAUGACAGAUUUGAGUGCCGAUGUAAUCCAGAUGGCUUGGAAUCCUAGCAGAACCGAAAGUUCUCAUAAGCACACAAGGCGAUGUGAGAGGGACUCGACGGAAUUGCUCGGCGUGCAAUCUGUUAGCAUACAUGCAAUCUUUUUUUUUUCACUUUGCUGGUUAUAUGUAACGUGUAUGAUCUCUCCCUAGCCAUGGGUUGUUUGCGUUGCGUUGGGCAUAAUAGAGUAUAAUCUUCUUCCUGAAAAGUUCCGCAUGUGUCAACUAAGUGGUAGCAACUUGUGCAAACUAUGAAACCAUUACUGGGUUAAUCAUGGCCACAUUAUGAGUGA